UGUCCGCACAUAUUUCUUCGAUUUUGCUAUCAGUUUAAAAUCGAAUCAGUUCAAUGAAAAUCGAAUAAAAAUUCAGACAAAAAUCAAAAAACGUUCCAAUGUUCGGAUUGUAAAAUAAAUAGAAUAGUUAUUACAUAGAAAACGCGGCAGAGAUACUGUGGAUUGAAACGGGAAGACGACGCAAUAAAAAGUGCGGUCGUGAAAUCAAAUAACGCAAUUGUGCAAAAAAGCAAACAAAAAUCUUGAACAAAAAAAAUUCGAGUUUGAAUAAAAAUUCAAAAAUAAAUACGGAACAUAAAAUACAAACCUAAUACUUCUCUAUAUAACAAUAUUGCAACAAUAAUAAAACUAGAAAUUAAACGUUAUACGCUAACCCUACCACCAACAAUAACAAAACAAAAUCGACUGUAUUUUAGUAAAAAUAUAUCAACGAUAACAACCACGGGCAACAACAACAACAAUGAACACAUUCAUACGUCAUCAGUCGAAAAUCCUGCGCUGCGAGAAAACCUGGACGGCUUUUACAAAAGAUGGAAGCAGAAAGUACUCCACGCCACAAUAUCUGACCCGCUUUGCCUUGCGAAGACACAUCGGUGGCUCAACUAAUCCAAGUUUUUGGAUGGCUGGCAAUUGUGCCGGUACACAGAUUGGAACGCAGUCAGUGUUACUCUCCCGCUGGUAUGAAAUCAGUAAUUCGCAUCAUCACAAUCAGGGCAUCGGCGGCACCUCACGAAAGUUCCAUUUAACACGGCGCCUAGAUGAAAAUGCCUCUUCGAAAGUUGAGGUGACAGUCAAAACAAUGAAAGAGAAGCAGAAAGAAAAAGUGGAGGAGAUCAUAAAAGAGGCAAGUGCACCGGCCUCCACAAAAACCGUCCGCGAGCCGGUGGAGCCUGCCAAGGCAGUGGCCACAGAGCCACAGAAAGCCGUCGAAGUGAAAAAGUCAUUGGGUACACGCAUCUGGGAGGAAUUAGUGCACUACUAUCAUGGAUUUCGGCUACUCUUUAUUGAUAUAAAUAUUUCACGUAAGCUUAUGUGGCGUGUACUUAAUGGUAAGACACUUACCCGUCGUGAGAAUAAACUACUUUUACGCACCACCUCCGAUCUGUUCCGACUCAUACCGUUUUCGGUUUUCAUAAUCGUUCCAUUUAUGGAACUACUAUUGCCGUUCUUUAUUCGUUUCUUCCCUGGUAUGUUGCCUUCUACGUUCCAAACGGCCAAGGAGCACGAGGAUAAGCUGAAGCAAUCGCUCCAAGUGCGUCUUGAAAUGGCGAAAUUUUUGCAACAAACACUCGACGAAAUGGCUGUACAGCAUAAGAAGGAACACAAGAGUGAAGAGGCUAAGCAGUUCGCUGAGUUCUUCGAGAAGAUAAAAGAUACCAAAGAGCAUGUACCAAUUGAGGAGAUCAUUAAGUUCGCUAAACGUUUCGAAGACGAAAUCACAUUAGAUUCGUUGUCACGUGAGCAAUUGGCGGCGCUGUGUCGUGUGCUAGAGCUAAACACCAUGGGCACCAGCAACUUGCUGCGUUUCCAAUUGCGUCUCAAAUUGCGUUCACUCGCCGCCGACGAUCGUGCAAUCGCUCGUGAAGGUGUCGAAGCGCUGGAUCUCUUUGAAUUGCAGCAGGCGUGUAAAGCGCGUGGUAUGCGCGCCUAUGGACUGACAUCAGACAAGCUGCGUUCACAGCUGCAAGAAUGGAUUGACUUGUCGCUCAACGAAAAGGUGCCACCGACCCUACUGCUAUUGUCGCGUGCAUUACUCAUCUCCGACGAAACCGCGACAACGCACAAACUCGUGGAGACGAUGCGUGUAUUGCCCGAAGCGGUUGCGACAAAGACGAAAGAAAAGAUUGGUGAAAGCGAAGGUAAAAUUGAUAAUAAGACGAAGAUUGAAGUGCUUAAAGAAGAGGAACGAAAGAUUAAAGAAGAGCGCGAGGAAGAACGCGAAGCAGAAAAGGCCAAGUUGGAAGAGGAGAAGGCGCAAGAAACCGAAGAGUUGCUUAGCAAAACACCUUUUAUACGCGCCAAUAUGAUGUCUAACGAACAACGAAAACAGGCUGAAGCUAGCAAUAACAUAACGUCAAAGGACGUCGAAUUGCUGUCCGACGCUUUGAAAUCACUAUCCACAGAUAAGAAAAUGAUGGUUGAGAAGGAGACACUCAAAGAUCUCAAAGAGGAGCUUGAGGAUUACAAAGAAGAUGUUGAGGAACUGCGUGAGGUGCGUAAUGUUGUCAAGGAGCCAUUGCACGAGAGUCGCGCGGCGAAACUGCUAUUCAAGAAGGUGAAUAGCAUGAUUGGACACUUGGACAAGGUGCUAGUGGAUUUGGAGAAGAAACGCGAAGGCCAGCAAAAGCAUGCAAAACUAAUUGCUCCAGAAGAAGUUGAGCAGACGCCGCUGCAAAAUCAAGACCCUAUACAGGAUGAGGAUAUUGUACGCGUCGCCGAGUUGAUGGACACCAUAAAGAAGUUGCAAAAGACUUCGGAUGAGACGCGCUUGAAGCAAAUCGAAAAAGUGUUGAGCAAAAUCGACGCCGACAAAGAUGGCAUGAUUACUGUGGAUGAAGUGUUGAAGGUCGUGGAAGCGAUUAGCCGCGAAAAUGUCAACUUGUCAGACAAACAAAUUGAAGAAUUGGUCACGCUGCUUGAUAAAGAGAAUAUCAUAGAAGCGGAGGAACGUAUGGAGAAAGCCAUAGCGAAGAGCAUAAAACUGGCAGAGAAACAAAUUAAAGAUCAACAAAAGCAGGUGGACGCAUCAAAGGCGUCAGAUGAAUUGAAGGAUAUUGCGCCCGAACUGAAGGAUAAUGCAACGGACUUAAGUCGAGACAGCCAAAAGAACGUCUUAAAAAUGGAGGCAUGCAACGAGAAGAAUCCACUCUUGGAAGCCGCUGAAAAGCAAAAGGAGAAGAUACUCCCAAAAAACGAUAUCACUGCACAAAUACCUGCACCACCACCACCAACAGCAGCGACCCAGGGGAACCCAAAAGAUAAAAUGAUAUGAUGCGAAGAGGAAGGUGAUAAACCAAAACAAAAAUUCACAGAUCAAGACCGUCGGUGCAAGUAAAGAUGUGCUACUACAGGCGGCUAAUUCAAGAGUAACAUCUUAAGCCGAUUUGUCUUGCUUUUUUGUUUUAGUAAAAUUGAAUGGGUCGAGUGCAAGCGUGCGUGUGUAUGUAGUAAUGAAAAUGGUGAUGAGGCUGACUGUUUUGUGAAAGAAUUUAAAGGAUAUAAAGUUAUGUAUAGAGAAACAUAAAAUAAAAAUAAUUGAUAGUUGGAAAGACGGUUGGUGUUGCGGUGUAAAGGAGCGUAAGAGAGAUGGAGAGAAAGCGUGCUUGCUUAAAAUUUUAGCAACGGCAGCAAAGGUGGCAAAUAACAAUUAAAAAGUGUUUGAGGAAAAACCAAAAUAUGACACUGUACUUGCUUAGGUUGAAGAGGUUAAUUAAAUACGAUUGUUGAAGCAGCGAUCGCAAGCUUAGCAGAAGAGGGGUAAUAGCAUACAGAGGGGUAAUUCACUAUUACUUAAGUGCAAAUGCUGUAAUUUCAAGCCAUUUGCACUUAAGCGUGAACUAUUCAAGUGUAUAUAUGCGCCAUUGUUAUUGCCUUAGUAAUACAACAACAACGCUUUGGCGAUUCGAAGAUGCAAUGUGUGCGCCUAUUACGCAUUUUUUUUUUUUUUUGUUGCUUUCCUUGUCGGUUGCUACGCAAAUGAAUUUCCACUUUAUAACCAACUAGCGUAGAUAUAUUUUUAUUUUCCUUUAAAAUCAUUGAUUGCCAAUAAUUUAAUAUUUUCGACUGUUUUUUGUAACAGCUGCUUAAGUUUUCUCUUUUCAAAGUAAAAGUUACAAUAAAAAAUUUUUUUUAGCAGAAAAAUAUUUCCUUUUCAUUUCAAAGCAGAAAAACAACAGCAGAAACACAAAAAAUGCCCCUCAGCUGCAUCGCAAAAAUAUUAGCAAAACUUGUUGUUGCCUUUGAGAAAUCUCAAAAAACAAAGGCGGAAGUUUUGCGUAUAUUUUAUGCGCAAUUUUGCAAGCCCAUUUGCCUACGUCUCCAAAUCGUAACACCAACAAUAAACUACCAUAUACCAAAAUAAUCGCAACCGUAAGACGUGAAAAAAAUUAUUAAAAAAAAAAUGCGUUGACGCUGCCGCCGUUGACUUUAUACGAUGCUAUUGUCAGUCUGCGAGUAAAUAACUUCACCACAAACUGUGAGGCUGUAAAAUUAUAUAAAAUAAAAAAAAAUCGCUAUUUAAAAUUUGUUUAACUUUUAUGUGCAUUAUAAUUUCUUGUUUUUUUUGUAUAAACUGAAUUUCAUAAAAGUAUUGUAAAAAUUUUGAUACUACAUGUAAAGAACAAAUGAAAGAUGUAAUACAUAUAGACUUGGAAAAUACUUAUGUAGAAAUCCGAAAAUAAAUUGUCACAGUUGUGAGCAAUGCACAUGCAGCGUAAGAAAAAAAAUGAACAAGCAAAUAUUUAUGAAUUGGUUAAAAAAAACACACACACACUCAUACACUUAACCGCUAAAUAUAGCAAUUCGAGUGGUAACUAUUACAUUUAAGUGAAAAAUGGCGUGAUUUAGAAAUAGUUAAAUUGUUGAAAAACUACAAAGCGCAGAUAAAAUGUCGACCUAAGCAGUUUUUGUUUUAACUUUUCAAAUGCUUUAAUAUGUUUUUCCGUGCGUAGAAAAAGGUUACGCUUCCAGGCGCUAUUUCAAGGAAAUUUAAUCCUUUGUAAAUAUUUUGUGUGUUCUAAAAUCACUUUAAAAAUUGAUUCAAUUUUGUUUCUCUUACGCACCCUGUACAUAAAAUGCUUAUUAAGCUGCUAAACAUUCUGUAUAAACAUAAAAUUUAAUUUAAUGCUAAAAAAAACAAAAAUAUUUAAAAAAAAUUAGAAAAUUUUUAAAAACUACUUUUUUUUGCAAAAACAAAAAAUCUGAAAGCCCCUAAUCAAUUUAACUGCUUAAAUUCCAAUCUAAUUUGAGUAAAUCAAGCAUCCAAAUAAUUUGUUUCCACAUUUGUCUAAAGUGCAAUUGGACCAGCCGGCUUGUUUUUUAUCAGUCCGAUGUGAUAUGCCAAGGUUUGGCAGCCGCA